UGAACAGAAAGUCCGUCCCGCCCUCUUGCCAAUAACGUUAAUAUGGAGCAUCCCGUCCGGGACGUUGCGACGUGAGACGAGUACGCCUGGGAACAACGAGGUUAGGCACCGGCGCACUGGAGUGGAGUUGUAGUUGUGUGAGCAGCCUGAAGGCUGGAACAAAGCUAGAACAACUUACCCUCACAUUGUAUGUCUUGCUUCCUGUCUGCAAACAUCUCAAAAUGAUCCAGCCAAACUAACUGCCAGCACUUUGUCAUCCGCUGGCUCUCCGAGAUGUCCACCCUGUUUCUUGAUUGGACAGAAGACUGAAUCACAUUCCUGGAGGCGUCGAGGGGACUCUCUGCCCGCUGCGCAUGCUUGAGUGUCCUGCUCUUCAACAUGGCUCCUGACCUCCUCGCUUCGCAUUCGAGUCACCCGCAAAAAUGUGCGUUGUCAUGGUGAUCAUUAGCAAAAAACCGCUGGAGAAGAAGCGCGUCGAAGAUGUAACGUCCAGGUGUCCGGAAAUAGGCCAGCUGCGGGAGCCGACCAUGAGCCAGGGAACGGCCCUCUUCUCUUGUGGACUGAUGGAGGCGGGCCGGUGGCGUGAGCUGGGCCAGGGCUGCCCCUCGCGGCCCGUGGGCGCCAGCCUGGAGAGCCUGUGGGACGCGGUGCCCGAGGAGUGCCAGAGCCCCACGGGGUGGCUGGGCGGCGGCGGUGGCGGCGGUGGCGGCGGCGGCGGCGGCGGCGCCAUCUCGGGGCUGCUGCGGGAGCUCAGCCUGGCGGACCCGGCGGCCUUCGCCGCGGCGCCGCCCAGCAAGCGGCAGUGCCGGUCGCUGUCCUGCUCCGACGAGCUGGCGGGGGGCUGCCGCGCGGCGUGGCGGCCCCAGGGGUCCCGCGUCUGGACGGCGGUGGAGAAGCGGCGCUGCCACAGCGGGGGCAGCGUGCACCGCGGCGCCGGGGGCGGAGCCUCGGGGGCGCCGGCCGCCGUCGUCUUCCCCGCCAUGCAGCGCAGCUCCAGCUUCAGCCUGCCGGCGCGCUCCAACGCGGCGCUGGAGCUGCCGUGCUUCUCCCCGGGCCUGGCGCCCGCCUUCACCGGCCGGGCCUCCCCUUCCUCCUCCUCCUCCUCCUCCUCCUCCUCCUCUUCCUCCUCCCCCUCCUCCUCCUCGGUGACCCUGUCGUCGGCGGCGCCCGGCGGCCUCUACCUCUCGCACGAACACAUCUUCCCGGCGCUGGCGCCCCCGGGGGCGUCGCCCGACAGCUCCCCGGGCUCCACCCCCGAGCUGGAGCGGCGGAGGGGCGUGGCCGGGCCGGGGGGAGGGGGGGGGGGGCUGGCCCGCAGCCGCUCGCAGCCCUGCGCGCUCGACCACAAGAAGACGGGCGUGAAGCGCCGGAGGCCGGCCGACUCGCGGCCGUCCCUGGACCUCGCCAAGAUGACCCAGAAACUGCGCAGCUUCCACAGCCUCAGCUGUCCUGGGAUCCCCGGCGAGGACGGCCGCCAAUCAACCCAGGCCCCGCCCACCCUCAGAAGCCCCGCCCCCUGGGAGAGCAGCGACUUCCUCCGGGACCCCGCGUCCCGGUCCAAGGAGGGCGAGGGGGAGGGCAUGAGCGUGGGCUCGGACCCCGCCAUCGAGGAGCUGGGCUGGGGGGCCCCGGACUACGGCGACGCCACGGGGGGCGGGGAUACGACCGGCGGCGGCGGCGGCGGCGAGUACCUGUGGGCGGGGUUGUGCAGCCCCAGGAAGGACAUGUAUCAGCUGGGGGGCAUGCUCGACAUCGAGCAGAUCGAGAGGAACUGAGCCCCCCCCCCAUGCCCCCC